ACCAUAUGUAAGUAUUUAACAACACAUGAUUGUCCUUCAUGCAAGGAAUUGUUCUUGAGGGCGCUGUUCAAGUGCAUUGAUAAGAUCUCGCGCGGCGCACACGAAGUUUGACGCAGUCACACGUGUGCAAACAUUGAAGAACAGAGAGACUUCUGUUCAGCUGAGUUAGUUUCACUGUUUUAAAUGACGCCUAAUUGUUGCUGACAGUAACGCAAAAUUAUAACUUAAAAGAGGCUGUGGAGUUUGUCAAACGUGUUGACAAAAGUUAGAUAGCCUACCAGUAAUUUUCUCAGUGUAUUUCCAAGGAUGGCUGCUCUUGAUUAGUGGGAAUGUUCGUGGACCGGACGACCUAGUCUGUAGUGGACCCUAGAUUUAGAUCUCAUGUUAGUUCAAGUGUAGACAAAUGGCUGCGCUUGGUGCCGUUACUCUACUUGUUAGGAUUGUGAUUAUGAAUUUGAUGCUGAUCGCUGAAAGUAGAGGCAAUGACGCUUCCAGACCUCAGAGCAAAGGUGGCGAGAUCUGUCAACUAAGUCAGAAUGAAGAUGGACGUGCAGAACCAGAAGGUCGGCAGGCCACCUGUAGGCCUGCACCAGGCAGCACACAUGACUCUACCCAGACUGCAUCCCUUCAGCCCCUUUUACCCCCUCUGCAGGAUCGGCCCAUGCAGCUGGUCCGACCAGACCCCUCCCACAAGAAGAUGGAAAUUGUCGAAGAAAGCAUCCAGUCAUUGCUGCGUCUGAGCAAUCCCGUCGCCGUUGUGGCUGUCGUCGGCAAGUACCACUCCGGCAAGUCUUUCCUGCUGAACCAGCUGAUGGGGAAGCAAGGGAACUUUGGCUUCACCGUGGGGCCCAGCCUCCGGCCGCAGACCAUGGGGAUAUGGAUGUGGGGCAUGCCAACCACAAUGACUCUUUCCUCCGGAAUAGAUGUGUCCGUGAUCUUUCUAGACACUGAAGGUUUUGCUGCUAACAAUGUUUCUGAGACAUACGAUGCCAAGGUUUUUGCCGUGGCUGCCCUGCUCAGCUCUUUCCUCAUCUACAACUCGGUCAAGGUCAUCGACCAAGCCGACCUGGACUAUCUGGAGUUGCUGUCAAGAAGAACUCAGCUGUUUGCCUUGAGGUCCCAGCUUUCCAGAGCCAAGUGGGCCCAGGAUUUCAACCACGAUCUGCUGAGCUUCCCGCCUCUCCUCUGGGUUGUGCAGGAUUUUGUCCAGGUCACCGGCAACGAUGAGCCCACGCCGUUAGAGUGGCUGACCGAGAUGAUGAAAUCCUCAGCCUGGGAGAGCGAGAACCACCGCGUCAGCCUCCUGGACAUCUUCCAAGAUGUGGACUGCCACACCUUGUUCUUCCCCGCCACCAAGAAAGAGAUCCUGCAAGAUCUGUCUCUGGCAAGAGAAGAGGACCUCACAGCAGAAUAUAAAGUUGAGAGGAACCGGCUCAUAAACAUCCUGAGACAAGGAAUCAUCCCCAAAGAGAAAAAUGGUCGACCAAUCACAGGAGCUGAAUUAGCAUCACUGAUUGAAGUUUUGGUGACAGCAGCCAAUGAGGGAUCAUUAUCUCAGAUUCCAAGUCGCUGGUCGGCCUUCAUCCAGAGCAUGGAGCAGUCGGCCGUCCAGGACUGCCUGAAGUUUUACGACACAGAAAUGGUGGUGCUGCACCAGCAGUACGAGAUGGGACCCAUCGAUGAGACUGAACUGCAGCUGUGGCAUGAGACUGCGGCCAGCAAAACAGAUAAGCUUCUCCAGCAAGUGCUGUUUGGGCUGGAUGACGUACUGACCGGGGCCACGCAGGAACUGAGGGGCCAGAUCAGGGAGAAGUACCACCGCACGAUGGACAUGAACGAGAAGAAGAUCAAGCUAAGAUGCAGCGAGGUCCAGCACAGGACAGAGUUAGAUGGAGAGAGCAGACUGAGUGAGCUUCCGUUACCCGUGCGGACAUCUGAGCUCAAGACCAGCUACGCCAAGAUCAAGGAAGAUUGCAUCGGUAGCUACACUAGGACCCUGGACCGGCUGCAGCGAAGCAUGCCCUUCCAGAAAUUCCUGGACCAGUUAAAGACAUCUUUGGACAACAUCCGGGACUCAUUCCUGCUAAAGAACACCCAGCUCCUUGAGAAUGUGUUGGACCAAUCGACUCAGAGAGCACUCGAGGAGUUUAAUAGCCUGAUGCAGAACCCUCACCAGGAGCCGCGCAGCCCCAAGACCAUGACCCGAUGCAGCGAGGACGCCGCGCAGAAGGCGCUGAGUCUCUUUGUUCAAGAAGCGGUCGUGGCCGCGGAGGAGGCUUCGUACAAAGCCCAUCAGGCUCUGCUAAAGACAGGGAUAGUUGAAGCAGAGAAGGAGCAUGAAAAAAGGAACAACCUGCUGCUGAAAGUCAGAUGUGAAAAAGAGGUGAAUGGGCUCGCUCAGACGAUGCGAGACAACACGGACAGCACACAGCUACCACUUCCUGUGAACGACACCGAUCUAGACCACAGGCUAACUCAGGAAGCCACCAGGGCAAAAUCACUCUUCAAGGAAUUGCUGGAUGAUUUCUCAUCCUUGCCCGCCUACGAUGAUUGCCUGAUGCAGCUGCAGCGUUUGAUCCAUGCCGUGUGUGGGCAGAGGCGGCAAGAAAACAUGGAGGCCUACUCCAAAGAGGUUGAGGUGCCGCUUCAGUCAGCCAAGAAAGUCGCCCUUCUCUCUGCAGACAGAUAUGAUACAGUGUUCAGUCUGACAACAUUUAUUCGAGAAGUGUGCAUGCUGAACCUGGACGAGGGAAAACCCAAGCACUGGCCGGCUGACCUCAAGGUCAACAUCGUUGACCUCUUCAUGAACUCUGACCCUGACAUACGCCGGGUCAUUAAAGCCCGGGAGGGGCUGUGGUCCACUGUUGUGGGGUUCGUCCAGUGGAUUAUCUGGAUUUUCAGCUGAAAACCGCAGCAGGGAUAAACAAAGUUGUUGGAAGAAAUAUCAAAAUGCUGGCGUGAUAUAAAUUGCUGAGAGAGAUUCUGAUUUGAUCAAAAGUCACUCUUUCUGGACUGCUGACAUAAAUAAGAUGGACAAUGAGAUUAGAGAACAGCCUUUGAAAUUAAUCUUCUUAAUCACGUUAAGCUAUUUGGUCCAUUCCGAUUGUGUGUUCAUCUUGAUGAAGCUUUUGGCAAGCCAGUAGGUGUAUUCAGUAAGGAGCCCUCUGUUGUCUGGCAAGUGUCACUACUUUGUCUGGACAAGACGGGGCCAUGGCCACCCAAAAUGAGCCCCACUUUUUGGAGGGGAAUAAUGGGUUAAAGGUAAUUUAAAAAUAAUCUGUUUCCAUUCCAAAACCGAGUAGAAGCACCAAAAUGUAGCUUCAACCCUCAGAAAGACCAUAAAAAAAUUACAUAGAAAAAAUUUCACCCAAAAUUUGGGUUGUGGCUCUGCCCUUGCAUCCAGUGUCCUAAAAACUUACACCAUACAAUUUGAUUUGUUGAAUUAGAGUUUCUGUUGAACAUUGUCAGGUUUACAAAAUUGAAAAGACGUUUUGUUUGAUUUUUCAAGAUUAAAAUUUUUAAAGAUUAUUUUGUUUUGAGUUUUCCUAUGUGAAAUUUCACAAAAGAGUAUUUUUGUUUUGUUUACUAAAAAACUUUAUGAAUAAUCUAUUUUUGAAUUGUUCAUGCCCAAGUUGGAAAUAUCCUAUUUAAAAAGUUAGGUUUUUCUUUUUCAAAUCGUUACUUGCAACCAUGCUAUUAAAAUUUGAAUUUUGAACACCCUGACUCAGAAAUUUAUGUCAAUGCAUCAUCUUAGGAUAAUGUUCAGCAUGUCAGCGACCACAUAGCAAAAAGAAUUUUGUAAACAGUCAAGUGUAUGGAAACGAGCUAUCAAUUAUAAACGUUCUAAGAAUAUCUGUAUUUUGGACAUUUCCUGGGGAUGUAUUCAUUGUGACGACACUUCCUCGUAUCUUUCUGCAUUUUUUCCAGAAAAAUUCCAUACGAAAUAAACAUUCCAGGAAAUGUCUGAUUCCAGUGGAAAAUCAAGUUGCACCUGUCCUUUCAAUCAAUCAACAGCGACGACGCGGGAAACUGCGACACCUCCCCCACCAACAGUCGGACAUCCUUAUCCAGGGUGUGUGCUUCUGUAUUGCUGUCCGUCUGGGUUUGGAACUUGAAACGCCUCUUUUCUGCGUAAAACUUUUACAAGACGUUAUCAUGUAGUUCGCGUCAAAUUGUAG